AUGAAAAAACUAAAUAACUUGCAACUCUACACGCAGUCUGAGCUCUCAGCAGGCAUUUCGGGUCCGGAAGGGACUGGCCUGUUAGGAGUUGAGUUCUCCUCUAUCCUGCUUGUGCCCUCUUUCUCCACUGACCUCUCCUGCUCAGAAGAUGAAGUGCUGGAUGAAGCAUUCGAAAUGACGUCACUAGUUGGAUGCAUAAAGCCGACAACGCCAAGUGAGGAAUCGACUACGAGUGUUUCAACAACAGCGGCAACAGAAACUACACCAUCUCUCACGACGACUACUACGCCUGUGCCAUGUGUGAAGGAGUAUCCAUUGGAACCGACAGCAUUGACUGUAAAUGGACAACCCACUUCCACCGCAGCCGGUCUGAUCCAAAUUAACACUGACGAUAAUGUGGUGAUGGAACUCGGAGAACCCUCUUACGUGAAUGGGUUCUCUCUCACCUUCACCGACCUGGACAGUGGGGAUGCAGUUGAAGAGGGAACUGAAGUGUACAUCUCUGCCAUGUUCCAGAUGACCGACGAGUCACCAGCUCUGAGUUUCGACAACCUAUCUGACCCGACACAACUGACAUUAAGCAAUGGACGACCCAACUUCGCCAAGUUCACCACUGAUGAAGACGGUCUGGUCAAGGUACAGUUCAAUGAGUCCUUCGUCCUAGCAUCAAGGGUCGUGCUCGACAUCGAGAUCGCUGCUGAGGGCGUCGAGGAUCUCGCUUUGACUUUGGAGUCAUACGGCUGUGGAUCAGUAAUCUCAAAGGUGUGUGUGAAGAACGCGUACUGUCAGCUGGUGGCGAUCCCGAAUCUUCGCCCUCCGGCGAAGUACCAGUGA